AUGUCACAAAAAACACCAAACAAUAGAUCACUAAAAGAGAAUAUUACAAUCAGUAUAAAUGAAUUUAAUAAGGCAUGCAAGAUACUCUUUGAAUCAUUCGCUGUGCAAGCGUCAAUGCAAUCAGGUCAACAACAGCAGCAACAGCAACAAAAUGUAAUAAGUUCACCUAACCUCUAUGGUAUUAAUCCAAAUGUACAGACUCAACAACAACAACAACAACAAUUACAACAACAACAAUAUAUGAGCAUAACACCACAACAACAACUACAAAUUCUACAAAGAAUGUCAAUGUUAAUCGAAGCUGAUAAACUAUUACAGAAAACACUUAAACAAUUGGAACAACAUCAAACAUAUCAAAAGGAAAUAGUAGCAAUACAGAAAGAGAUUGAAGAGAAAGACAAACAAAUCACUACUUUAGCAUCGAAUCUCAAAGAUGUAGAGAUACUUUUAGAAAAUGAAAUAUCGGAUGCUUCAAAGAAUGAAGAUAUAAAAGAGAGAACUAUUUCACCUGAAGAAUUGAUAUCAUAUGCACACAAGAUUAGUGGAACCACUUCAGCACCGUAUGGAUAUCAAUCGAAUCUUCCACUGAUGCCACUUUACAAGCCACCCGCACCACAAGAGGAUAUGAUGCGUUCGUCCACGUUGUUCACCAGACUACCGCUCAAUUUGCUGCGGUUCUAUGGUCUUGCCGAGAAAGACCUGGCUCUGCCAUCGACACCGACUACCAGCCUCGGUGGCAAAGGUGUCUCGCCAAUAUCGAACAACGCACUCGACUCUGACAGAGACAACGCUGACAGCGCUUCAUUCGAUGGCAUGAAUACAGCAGAUGACCAAUCGGUAUCGACAGGUGCAGGAGUUGGCGAGCAACAACCUAAACUGUUGGUACCACCACCCAACCUACCAAUCUCAACACCGCCAUUCAACAAACAAGGACCGAUGCUCACGUCACUCGAUCUCGAUCUCAACCCAGACCUCGAAGACGACGACGAUGACGAUGACGACGAUGACAACGAUGAUAACGAUGAUGCUGAAUCAUCAGGUAGCGACAAUGAAGUUGAUUGGGAUUAA